ACGAAAGUAUGGCGGAUGUUUCGGUAUUGAUUUAUGCGGGCUGUUCAAUUCCGUGAAUAGUUCCUGUUAUUAUUUUUCAUGACAUUAUUUUCCAGUAAGAGAAGGAUUUUAUUCUAAACUCAGUUUUAUUUAUAGACUUUUAUCGGUAAUGCUAUCAGGCGACUUUAUUACUUGAGGGCUGUGAAUAAUACGGCAAACUUCACUUGAAAUUGAUCAACGGUAAUCUUGUAGAGUAGAAAUCAUGAGCAAAAUGCCCCAAGGCGAUGCAAGUGGUAACAGUGCAGGAUUAGUGAAUGCGGGACAGAAUGCAUCCAAUGUACGAGGGUCGGGACUUACCUCACAUAGCGGUGCAGGAGCUUCUUCAGCAAAUGUCUUGGAUAAGCGAAGGCUGCACGAACUCGUUAAGGAAAUAGACCCUCUAGAACAGAUGGAUGAUGACGUGGAGGAGGUAUUGCUUCAGAUAGCAGAUGAUUUUAUUGAAAAUGUGGUGACGUCAGCAUGCCAGCUUGCAAAACAUAGAAAAUCUAGCACUUUAGAAGUCAAGGAUGUCCAACUCUAUCUAGAAAGGAACUGGAAUAUGUGGGUGCCUGGCUUUGGCUCUGAGGAGCUUCGACCUUACAAGAAGGCAGCAGUUACUGAAGCACAUAAACAGAGGAUGGCACUUAUUCGGAAGACAUUAAAGAAAUGUUGAUGGGGCUGAUCUGUGUAUGGAGAACUGGUCUCACAUGCUGAAGUGGAGAGAAAAAUAUCACUGUUGAAGAGAUGCGAAUUAGAAAGCUGAAGCUAGGUUUCAAUUUGUAACAUCACAUCUUUUUACAUCAGGAUACCAACUGGAUUAUUGUUAUAUUUUUUUGUUUUUGUCUUGUGUAUCCCUAACAACGAACAUGAUAUAGUGAACUGCAACCAAAAGUUACAUGGACAUCUCAAAACCUUACCACUCAGAAUAGGAAAUAGGAACUAUGCUGGUUCCCUACACCUAUGGUUGGGAAUUACAGAAAUUGGAGAAAAAGAGAGUAGGUAGUCCUUCUGGUCACCACUUUCAACAGCUCUUUCACUGCAGGCAUGAUCUAUCAUAUGUUGCUGUUUGUUACUUAGUUUAGAAUUUCUUUGACACUGAGUGAGUGAAACCUGAGAUAACAGUGCCCAAGUAAUGAUAAGCUUGCUUUUAUUGUCAAAGUGUUAGACACGGAUUUCAAAUUUAGCUGUUUCAGUCUGUGCAUCAAAGCCACACUCACUAGCUUUGAAUUAUGUAUAUAUAUCUGCAGUAUUUUAGCAAGGGGUGUUGAGCUUUUCAGUGGAUAUUACAUCACUGCCACUGAGUUUAGGCAAGUAGUUCCAAGGUGAACAUACAACAGAAUUCCGUGAAUAAUGUGUUUAAUUUACAAGGGAUUUUAGAGAUAUGGAAGUGAAAAAUAUGCAUUUUAAUUGAUACAAAACUUGAUUUGGGUAAAAGCUUGGGUGUUGCACUUUUAUCAAAUAAUGAUUUUCUUGAGAUUUUUCCACCCUGCUGGUAUGCAUGAUCUGAGACAGUGUAGUUUUAAUAAGAGUUGAGAGAAGAGUCAAUAAACUCUGUAAAAUGUGGUUUGGAAGGGCAGCAGUAUAAAGAGUUUUGGUUGAGAACUAAUUUGUAAGAUUGUUAGUUAUGUGUUAACUAAAAGAUAAUGUUACACCAAUGGUGCCUGAUGUAGGUGGUGGGCUGUUUUAAAACAUUGUAAUGAGUUUGGAGAUGUUCACAAUCUUUCAUGGUUUGCCAUUCCUUUCUCUGUCUUUGAUCUAUAUGCUUAAUAUGUAGUGUGUGCAAGCAAAGUGAAUAGUCAGAAUAAUUACCAAGUUGUAAGUUGAAUUAAGUGGUACAUGUGCACCAGAGAGAGAAAGUGUGUGUGUGUGGAUAUUAAAAAAAAUAGCAUGUUUCAAAGUAUGAUGCAAUCAUUGGCAAGUUUAAGAGAAGUGACUUUAUUCAGCGUUGUUUGUAGAAGCAAUAAAAAGCUACAGCAUAA